AUGUAUGCAGAUGACACUAAUCUUACAUAUUCUGGUAGCGAUACCAACACUAUUCAAUUUCAUCUUAACGAAGACUUGGAAAACAUUAAUGAAUGGUUAAUAUCAAAUAAACUUACUUUAAAUAUGACUAAAACUGAGUACAUGUUAAUUGGGUCGAGACAACGUUUAAGUACUCUCUCUGACAAUCCUUCUUUUGAAAUAAAUGGAAUUCCUUUAGAUCGAGUUUCGACAACAAAAUCACUUGGUGUCUUAUUAGACGAAAAUCUUACUUGGAGUAGUCAUAUCAAUAAAAUGACAAAACGAAUUGCUUCUGGUAUCGGUGCUAUUAAGCGGUUAAG